UGUUUUUAAUGCAGAGGACAAAGCAGCAAACACUGGUGUAGAGACCUGAGGAGUGAUCUUGAAACAAUCAAAGGUUCUUUAAAGAAAAUUGAUAUGACUUCACUGACUCAAAAUUCAACUACCAGCAGCAGCUGCAACAAUUAUGGCAACUACACAGAUUUUAAGGACUUCUGCUGGUAUUUUGAGGACAGCAUUAGCAUCUUGACAUGGAUAAUUGUUUGUGUCAGCCUUCCUUUGACCUCACUGGCAAUCUUUUUUCUUUGCAUAAAGGUGCGAAAUGGUCACAUCGGUCAAAUCUAUCUCAUCAACCUUUACAUUUCUGACCUUGUUCAGCUCUUCUGUAUGGUCGUUCACAUGUCAGGUGUCAAGGACUUCCUCACACAGAUAAUAUUCUCUUUCUUUGUCUACCCUUCUGGUCUGAUGGCAAGUGUUAGCUUCAUGGUGUGUGUCUCCAUGGAAAGGUAUUUGGUUGUUGCCCAUCCAAUGUGGUACCAAGACAGACGAACCAUCAAGGUCACUGUGGUGGUCUGUGUCUCGGUCUGGAUCAUUUCUAUUUUUGUUGGCCUCUUACACAGAAACUUUUUGGGCGCCUUCCUCGUCCUUCCCUUUCCUCUUCUCUUUUUCUUCCUUAUUAAAACUAUUAAAGCCGUGUCUGCAACCAGUGUCCCCACUGAUGAAAAACAAAGAAUUGUGGCAGUUUUGGUGCUGGUGGUGCUUAUUUACAUAUUGGUGUUUGUGCCCAGAACCAUUUUGGAAAUACUGUACCUGACAGAUGUGGAUGAGCAGACUUUUUACUUUGUGUAUGACACUACCUGCAGUUUAGUUCAGCUGAAUCCCCUUAUAGACUUGAUUAUGUACUUUUUCAUUAACAAAUGGGUGUUAGACAAGCUUUUUAGUUGUCUGUGUUGUUGCAAAUUGGACAACAAUGAUCUCAGAACUUCAGUGACAACAACAUAAAAUCAGAAGGAAAUUGUGCAACUUCCGAGUUGCCUCACUGUAGAUAAGUGAAGCUUUUUUUUGUUGGAUUGUUGGCUUAAUGGGAAAUGACUGUUCAGGCAAUGUUUCUGUUGUUUAUUAGCAUGGAUUAAAAUAUAUAUUAUAUGUAUCAAUUAAUACAAUCAACAUUUCAUUCCUAAUUCCUUAUUUGAUCUAUUUUAGUUUUACUGAGACAAUAUUUGUUUGCUCUUUUGUGCCGUUGGCUGUAAAACUAUCUGCUCUUUCAGCAGUGAUCCAACAACAAAUUACUUCCCCCCAAAUGUUAAGAAAACCCGACAGAAUAAUCAACAUGUACUCUUAGAAUUGCUUUAAAUCCCUUUGAUUUCUGCAGUCUGAAAGUGUAGAAAAGCAUGUAUAAAAACCAAUUUUCAAAAAAUACAGUUUGUACUUGAUAAUAUAAAAUAUGAUAACAUAAAUAAAUUAAAAAGUCUUUAUUGUUGUUCAUGUAACUAUAAAAAACAGAAUGAAAUCAAUUAACUCAAAUCCCAUUGUGCAGUGUCAUGUCCCAUUUAAAGAAAUCAGGUUAAUUGAUCUAACGCACUGGUGUAUGUGUAAUAUCAUCUUGCAUCUAAACAUUGGAGUGCGCUGAUUUACUACCACUGCUUGUAACUUUUCAAUUUUCUUUUCCAUUUUUGUGAUAAUAAGAGAUUCAGAAGAUCUCAUUUUCAGUUCUCUACUACAAUUUAUAAAUACAGAUAUAAAUAUUUAUUCUUCAUUAACGAGCUCAUAUAUAACAUUUGCAUGGUAUCAUUUAAAUAAGUUAUUAACAAUGUAUUUACUGUAUUUUUCAGACUAUAAGGCACACUUAAAGUCCUUUAAUUUUCUCAAAAAUCAACAUUACACCUUAUGUAUGAAUUCUGGUUGUGCUUACUGACCUCAAACCGAUUUUUUUGUGCUACAUCGCGCAAAAAUCUGUUCUACAUGUUUUAGUACGACUUUGGUAAACUAUGAAGCGGCACCACUUGAUGGUCAGAGCAUUAAGGCUACCGUAGUCAGGAGCCUCAUGGAGUAAUAAGUACUGUGCAUCAACAUAAUUACCGUAUUGUGUGUGUACAAGGACCCCAAAAUGGCACCUGUUAAGAGACAUUCUUACGAAGCAGAUUUCAAACUCAAGGCUAUCAAUUAAGCAGUAGAACAUAGUAAAAGAGCAGCAGCAAAGAUGAAGAAUUUGAUGGAUUUGUGGAAUAGGAAUGAACUGAAAAAGUGAGUGUAUUGUUCUGUAUUUUCUGUGUUACAACUGAAGAAUGUUACCCUCUUCAACAAUGUUGA